AUGCCUCGUCACGCCCCUUCGAAGAUUUUGGACGUGUCUCUGAAGCUUGAGCCGAAGCAAGACAAUAUCCCGUUGAGCACCUGCAGUGUUGAAAAGUGCCUCACGAGCACCAUCCAUUACCAACGGCGAAAUGCGUCAUUGCACAGCAAUUUGCCUCCAUCGCCAUACGGAGCUGAUGCUGCUGCGUUGGACGCCCCCAGCGACCUAAUUCAUCGACUGGGUUUGCCCAAGUUCACUGUUCAACCCAUCAGCUUCAACUUUUCCUUGUCUUAUCCUUAUCUGCCUUAUCUUAACAAGAGGAACCUAACGGAUACCCGACGUAGUCCAGUUAGAAACAGAGGUACGGCUGCAGUGGGCAAGGCAGCUAGGAACGGUAUGUACCUUUCAUCUGAGUGCCACUACCUCAGACUUACGACCUUGCCUCUACUUCAUUGCUUCCUGAUGCAGGUUGGGAGGGGAAUAGAACGGCGCAAGGAGAAAAAAAUCACCAAGGCGUUCAGUCCAGCCCAAUCCAUUCUCCAAACCACGAAUUCCAUCCCUCCGUUUUUCUUUCCUACCCAUUGUCUCUGCCUCCCGUUUCCCCGUCUCCCGCCGUUCCUCCCACACCCCUCCCACGACGACGCAAUGGACGACCCCUCCUCCUCCUCGGCUUCGAAGGACAAUGCCGGUCCUGGUUCCAUGCCCACGUCGCAUCCAAGUCAACAACAGCCUAGCGGUAAUGGUCCACUACAACCGCCUGUAGUCGCUACCGCUGCGUCCAUCGCGAGACCACAUGGUCACGAGCUUCCCUUCGUCACGCCCUCUUCAUACCUUCGCCCAAGACCACCCUCGGUUGCUCGCAAAAUGCCAGAGAAGCCGCCCAGUCCGCUCGACAAGGACCAGAUUCAAGGCCUGCCCGCGUGCGCCCCUAGAUGCGAGCGCAUGCGGGGUUAUGCUUCUGCCUCGAGACCGUUGCGAAUGGGCAUAUUUAGGGCAAUUCGCGAUUUCCUCAAGGUCCGAACCAGCUACGAUGUCCUACCGCUCUCCUUCCGCCUCAUUGUCCUCGACAACGACCUCUUGAUCAAGAAGAGUCUCAAUAUCCUCAUUCAAAAUGCCAUCGUGUCCGCGCCGCUAUGGGAUUCACACAAUUCCAGAUUUGCCGGCCUUUUGACGGCGACAGAUUUCAUCAAUGUGAUUCAGUACUAUUGCCAGUUCCCUGACGAGAUGCAUAAGCUGGAACAGUUCCGACUCAGCAGCUUGCGAGAUAUUGAAAAGGCCAUCGGGGCCUCUCCUCUAGAGACCGUAUCCGUCAACCCCAUGAGACCACUCUACGAGGCUUGCCGCCGCAUGCUCAAGACUCGUGCGCGCCGAAUUCCCCUCGUUGACGUUGACGACGAGACCGGGCGCGAGAUGGUUGUUAGCGUCAUUACACAGUACAGAAUUCUUAAAUUCAUCGCCGUCAAUAACGAACACAACACUGUUCUACUCAAGAAGUCCCUUAGGGAGAUCGGGUUGGGCACAUACAAGGACCUUGCUACAGCGCAGAUGCACGAUUCUGUCCUUAGUGUGGUCGAUAUGAUGGUCAAGCAAAACAUAUCCUGCGUCCCGAUUGUCGACAAGUACAACCGCCUACUGAACGUCUUCGAAGCCGUCGACAUUAUUCCGUGCAUCAAGGGGGGCGUUUACGAAGAAUUGCAGUCAAGCAUCGGAGAGGCACUCGUCAAGCGUCCCGACGAUUCGCCUGGCAUUUACACUUGCAGUCCCGAGGACAGAUUAGACUCGAUCUUUGACACAGUCCGGAAGUCAAGAGUUCACCGUCUCAUAGUAGUGGACGACGAUAACAGACUGGCAGGUGUCAUCUCCUUGUCCGAUAUUCUCAAAUAUGUGCUUUUGCACGGCGAAGAGGACGACGUCGCGUACAGAGGCGUAACUGGGAGGAAUACCAGAUGUCAUUACUAUCUAUUGCGAGGUGCCCCCGUGCCUCUCGGCAUGUUGCAAGAUGCAAAGCAGUUGCCUUGCAAGGAGCUUUUUCGGAAUACGCCUGACGAGACUGGGUCGGCAUCGGGGAGGCCUGCAGGAGCAGUACUCUACCAGCGGGCUCCAGCGUUCGAUCUCGCCCACUUUUGGCCAAAGAAUCGAUUUCUUUUUUUUGCUAUGCAGCCUUACGACAAUGAUCAAUCACUAUCAUCGGGCCUGUCUCGGGACAUCGAGACUGGCACCAUCGAAAGCCAGACCGUUAGCACUGCGCCAACCAGUACUGCGCCUCUUCAACUACCCAUCACGACCUCUGUGCUGCCAUCAAGGGCCGAUCCUCAACCGCUAGCCACAUCAGGUACUCUUCCUGCUUUGGUCACUGGAGAUGGUCGACGGAGCAGGGCUCUUCCAAGCAGCGCGACAUGGACUUCUUCUGUCGGGGACCUGGCCCUGUUGUCAGACACAGACGAGAUUCAGGACCGUCGAAUAUUUGUACAGGACUACAAUCGCAAGGAAUUCGAGUAUUGUCGGUGGAUGGCUUCGAGGGAGGAAAACGGAGGUGGUGGUCUCGAGUACUCCGUUCAACAUCAUCAGGGCAACCACCUACCUCGCGAGGAGCACCCCACGGAGUCCGUCACAAGCGAAGCGUCAGCGACAUUGCCCUACAAUUGGUACACUCUCGCAAACCUGAACCCAAGAUACUCGAUCUACAGGCCAUGGGCAACUGCCCAAUACUUGGCUCAAUAUGGACCUGUUACACGCGGUGUAUUCCGCAUUCCCGGUUCGCUGCGCGUUGUCAAUGCAAUAUUCGACUACUACUGCUACGAAAAGCCGGGAGAAGAAGUCACAAGUACCAUACGUUGCCCUACUUUGCCAUCACAUAUCAAUGCCGGUGCACAAGAUGUAGCUUCAGCUUUCAAAAAACUGCUAUCUGUACUCCCGGGUGGCAUCCUUGGCUCUCUCACCCUUUUUGACGCAUUGGUCGCGAUUCACACUCAGCUUCGUGGGGAGCAAGAACUCAGCAGAACAAAAGAAUCCAAGCUUCGUGCUAGACUCAUUGCCAUGGCUAUCGGGACCAUCAAUUCUCACUUUCGUCGGGAGCUUAUUUGCGCUGUAUUUGGUCUUCUUUCCCUUAUUGGACGUGCUGCUGAGACAGCAGCUCGUGAAGAUGAGCAGGGCCGGCCACUUCCAACGUCAGAUUUGAUGGGAUACGCAGCUUUGGGGAUCGUAUUCGGUCCUCUCCUGGUCGGCAAUUUGCUCGACUCCUAUACAAUGAAGCUCGCAAAUCCUUCUUCGGGCUUGCUGCUUUUCCCCCUUACCCCGCCGCGUUUGAAAAGGGAACGACAGCGAAAGAGCACUAUCCAAGACAAUACAGAUUCCAUGUCUGUUGACAAAAUUCGCGUGGCAAACGACAUCACCGAGAUGCUCAUCUCAAAUUGGAGAGAGGUGGUGCGCAAUAUGAAAGGCUUGUCGAGUUUCCGGGGGCCAAAUGAAGAUCUAGAAAGCACGAGUCGUCGGAAAUUUCUUCGUUCAUCAAACUCUGACUCUCUGGCCGUCGGAUUGCCUAGAGGCUGGAGGAGCAAGCACUCUUCGCCACGAUCUUCCAUCAACCAACAUAGGUCGAAAUCACCCGUUACUCCAACACCGGCGCCUAAGGCUUUGGGUCUGACAUUGUCGAAGACUACAGGGAAUCUAGAUGAUUCGCUUCAUGUUGGAAGAUUACGGCCGAAGUCUUUCCAGGUGCAAUCGACUAACAGAAUACCUUUGCACCAGUCCCUCAAUCCACUCUCUCCCACGGCGGAAGAAAGUCUAGCAGAUGAUCGAGACCUCAAGGAGAGGAAAUUAGGAUCGGACACAAAAGCUGUUUCACCACAUACGCGAAAGCUAGGAAGAGAUCGAUCAAAUGACUCUGAGAGCAGCGUAAGGCCACGCGCCAUCAAAUCCCAUGCAGCUGCUGCAGAGUGUCUGGCUGGUUACGUGGGUGAAUGUUCAAAGAAUCAGAGCUCGCUUGACGCAGCCCAGAAAUUGGCGGGACAUCGCAGGCAGCGUUCAAUAGGGAGUCCCCGUGUAUCGGAAGAAGUCCCAGUCGAAAGAGACUCGGCGAAGACAUCUCCAAAUCGACUGCCAUACGCAAUUUCCGAGAAGGGUAUCUGGCCUGUACAAAGAGAUGUACCCAAUCCAGGGAACGAAUUCGUAAGGCAGUCGGGGGGCUGUAGGCCAAAGACAAGCGGGAUGGUCUCUUCGGCACUUCGUCGAUUCGUUGGAAGUGAUUCCAGCCGAAUCUCAAGUUCCGGAAGCCCAACAGCUAGAACCUCGAAGACAAGGCAUGCAUCGCCGGAUGCUGUAAGCCCAUGUACGCCCACUCCGCCUAAAACAGACUUCAUCAUAACAACGACGCCAGAGUCCGUGUCAUAUUUGAAGUCUAAAGGCCAUGAUAUGGGCAGAGGCGCAAAUUAUAUUGAGGAAAACCUUGACAAGUCAAUCUCGGCCAAGGCGAACUUCAGAGAAAAUAGCUUCGACGGUAACCGGCUAGGUGGGAAGAAACCAGAUGGAGAUGUCCCGAGAUCGAACUCGCCUUCUCAAACUCCGCGUCAGAGCACAGAAUCAAAUGCUAGAUGUGAAAGCAUUGGCUCCGUUCAGGUCACUCCAAAGGAGUUUACGACCAAAAGUGCGUCACAGAUUCAGCCUCGACUCCCCGUUGCGGUCUCGCCAGAGGCAGAUCUAAAGGACAAUGCAAACAAGCUUGUUCCUCGGCGAGCCGAUGUAAGUGGUGGCAUCUCUCAGGGUCAGUCAAAGUCUCAACGACCGCCAAUGUCGCCUCAGUCGACUCUCUCAAGGCCGCAGAGUGUAGCAUCCAUGGCGGGGGAAAUCGCGCAACGCUCUCGAGCAUCAAGUUUGAGACCUGUCAUAACACCAGCUCGUCCGUCUGGCGGGAGCUAUGGUAGCUCGACACCAUCACAUGGGUCUAUCUCAAAACCAGUGGGAGUGCGAGCCAUGGCGGCCAUGUUUGAAAAUGCGUCCCAGGAGUCGCCUUAUGUGUCUUUCCCUACAACCCCUCGCCCCUCCCGGACGAGUGUGACGGAUUUGGGUCUGCUCCAUUUAAGGCAAGAAACUGGGUCUUUUGAAACACCGAAAACGAAAGCAUUGGUCGUAGCUCCGAGAGAGAGUGACCCAGAUCCAGGCUAUGAGCUCUCGGAUGAAAGGAAUCGACAGACAGGCCAUAGACUGAGGUCUGUCACUGACAGCACCGGGUCAUUGACUGUUCCUGAGACAACCGAAGCUGACGGAGGUGCCGUCCAUCUUGAUAGGCCAUCUCUGACACGACUUCGGCAAACACCAAAUUUUUCGGGGUACAGGAAGUCUCCUUUGAAGGUAUAUACUCUGGAGAAUGACAAGAACUUACCUCAUCUUGGGGCCAUGACAAGUCCCGCUCAGCAGCCGCCUAUUGCACAGCAUGUCGUAUUUCCCCGUCCCUCGUCCACUCUAUCAGUGCGUCAACUAAGCGAGGAUACCAUCCCGGCACGAGCAGGAAGCCCGGGGAACAAUUCCAUGCUUCAUGCACAGAUUCGAAGUCUUCAGAGGCAGCUGGAUGUCAGGAAUGAUGAAAACGCGUCUCUUCGGCGUCAACUUGAGACAAGAGAUAACUUGGACAUUGGAACACUCAGUGAACAGCUUCGAGUAUCCAAAAGAGAGUGUGCCAUGUGGAAAUCUCGUGCCGAAGCCGCAGAAAAACGAGUCUCGGUCCUUGAACACUUCACGCGGAAGCUGAAGGGUAUCAAAGGAGGGGAUGCGCAAAAUGACACUGAUGUUACGUCGCGAAGCGGAAGAGACAGCAUCGAAACGUUGGCAACAGAGGAUGGAGAAGUUGUGGCGGAGAGAAUCAGGAGGGCUAUGAGAGGGAUGGAUGGAACGAGGAGCAGUGAUGGCGGGGCUGCAGCUUGGUGGAACGAUGACCGGCGAGGUAGCAACACCAGGCACUCGGGAAGCGUGGGUGGGCAACAUCAGCCGAAAAUGACUGAAGAAGCAUUGCUUCAGAUUUGGCAGGCAGUACAGGAGCUGCUAUUGGAGGAUGAAGACUGA